AUGGCUGAAAUAACUGAAGACGAAUUGGAAUAUCUAUUAAAAGAUUUUCCUUCCCACAAGAACUACGAAAAAUUAAAUAAUAGAAUUCAACAUGAUUCGAGGUUUGCUAGCCACUGUAAUAACAUGAAAAUGUUUAAUUACCAAAACUAUGAGAUGAAGAAGCUUUGCAAACGAAUUGCUUGGAAUCUUCACAAUUUAUCUAUUAUCCUUAGGAACGAAGAACCUAAGGUUAGUUGUUCAUAUUUUAAACAUUGGAUAUAUAAUGAAAUAAGGAAACUGUUGAUUACUGGAUAUAAUUUUGAAAAAGAUGAAGAGUGCUGUUUAUAAAUGAAAGAUCUGCAUAAUUAUUUUAAAAACUAUACGAUUUUUAAAACAAAAAUUGUUUGCGAUUAUGAUAAAUGCAAUCUUUAUAGCAAAUAUAUUAAGUAUAUUCUUAGAAUAUAUGAUACCCAUAAAUACGAAUGUUGUAAUCCUAAUUUGGCCGAAGGAUAUGCCAUAAAUAUUGCAAUUCACAGAGUCUCUCAUCAUUAUUGAAUGUGCGAGAAAAGGUACCCGAAGAACCAAAAUUACAAGACAAAGAUCCUUAGAGUUUUAGAUCGAAAAAAUUCAGAAUCGAAGUGGCUCUUUUCAAGAUAUAGAAAUGGUUCAGAAGGCAACUUAGGUAGUAGGAAUUGCAGAUUUAGAAAAACUGCUAAAGCGCCAUAUCAUGAAGAUUUGAGAGAAGGCAUUAGAAAAGAAUUAGAAACAUCAAACUAUUCUUACAAACUGCACCAGAAUCCCUUAGAAACGGAAGAUAGAGAUACCUUUUCAGCAUACACAGGUUAA